AUGUUAUGGCCAUCUCGCAGACGAUCUGGCAAGUUGUUGCUUGUUUCCGCAACGAUAGUGUGCAUUCUCAUAACGUUCCUAAAUUACAAUGUCCUCAAGGAACUGCCCAUGAACUCAGACCCGCAAGGAGGAUCAAUUGUUGCAGGUUGGUAAGGCAUUGCGAUGUUGUAUCUGGCCUUAAUCACCUAAGCACGUUGACCAUCCAUUCAUUCUGAGUCCGUAAACACGUGCGGUUUCAUUUUUUCACCAGGAAAGGUAUGUUUGCUUUCAUUUACCGCGUAAAUUAAGGGAAGUGAGGUCGUUUGAUAGGCGCUCAAGGGUUGAAACGCUCAAGGCUUGCAACGUUUAGGGCAAUUUGUUUGUUCGUACACAUACCUUCGUAACGACUACUGAUCGCGUCUAGGAGAUAAUUUAAAACCUAGCCUAUUGACCGCCAGAGAACGUGCAUGUUGACCGCUGAUGGCAACAUCGAACCGAUCUUCCGCACGGAUUUAAAACAAUUGACGUACGAAUGAGGUAUUAUUCAUCCUCGGGGAUGUUGUGGCCGACUCGAAGGCGAUAUGGCAGGUUGUUGUUCGUUUUCGCGACGAUAGUGUGCAUCUCAUUUCGUUCCUGAAUUACAGUGGCCUCAAUGAACUGCCUAUGAACUCGGACCCGCAAAGAGGAUCGAUUGUUGCAGGUUGGUAAGCGUGACGAGGUUGCGUUCCUUGUCCUUACUCUCUCAUGCAUGUUGACUAUCCAUGCAUUACGAGUGCGUGAACACGAGCGAUUUCGUUGCUAUGCGAGGAAAAGUCUGUUUGCUUCCAUUUACCGCGUAAAUUAAGGGCUGAAACUAGACGAAAACAACACCGCCGGCUUGCAACGCUCCAUUUAAUUUGAUUGUUCAUGUACGUAAUUCAUGAACGACUAAAGAUCGCGUUAAAUUGUGCUCGUAUCAUCCUUGGAGAUAAGACCUAUCCACCGCCAGAGAACGGGCACUACCUCUUUAUCAAAAUAUCGUACUCGAUAAUUUUACCUUUAUUUUACUAAAUUUAAUUGUCAGAUCAGCUGAAGCGAAAACAACCUUUCCACCGGCCCGCGCGUUGUAGUCUUAAGAUCUGUUGAACUUAAUUUUUUACAAAUUAAUAAAUCUGUUUUUUGAUUGAAAGAAGCAGAAAUAUAAGUAUAAACCUCACACAGAUUGAACGAAAGACAGCUGGCCUCUGUGCUUUCCUGUUAUUAUCUUAAUACUCCGGUCCUAAUUUAUGCACGCUUGCAAAACUGAAACGAAUAGUAACGAACAAUGUCAUAAACGCGGAGUGAUUAUUUGAUGCGCUCGUUAACUUAUAGUAAACUUAUCGAGCUCUAUACCAUGGUUGCGUCUGUUUAAGUCUUUGAGAGUGGGAUAUUGUAGCAGAGCCCUCGAAAUCUCCUAUAAGGGAUGCCUGUUUUCAAGUUCAACGUGGUUGACAGCUACGAAGCAAGUAUUAGUAUCAUAUACAUGUAAAUAGUUUAACACAAUGUUGACUUAGCAACUGGGAAGCUCUUCUGGAAAAAUGUACUAUAAGGCCACGUUAUCUUGGAGUGGGACAAACAAAUUAAAAAGGAAAUUUAUUGAUAUUUCACCACCAAAGUAUUAUGACCGACUGACAGUAAAAGUUUAAAGAUGAGAUUUAAAUAUAACUCGACGCACAUCUGCGUGUACUCGGGCUUUUCGUUUUCGAUGAAACUUGAUUGUAAUGUUUAAAUAUGGAUUAUGUCCGUUGCCUAAUGAUGAUGACAAAACUACGACAACUGUGUCACUUGAUAUGCAGCUGUGAAAGUGUAUUACAGCCGCGCGACAAGAUCGAAUAGUCGUCUGGGAAUUUGCAUAUUUUUUCCAGUGCGUGAAAUAAAUGCUUUUCCUCUCAAUCAUUUUCGCGGAUUUUCAUUUAACGUCGCAUAGUUUGAGUUGAGAAUUUUUCAAAAAUUCAGUUUAGCUUUUAAAUUACUCUGUUUCCACAUGUCUUUACUUGAGAAGAAUAAAAAUGAAUGAAAAGACGUUUCUAUGUCAUUUUCGGUUAUUUACAUCCAGGGAUAGUUCAAGCACCUUAGGUAACCUAGUCCCUUUUACGAACAAUAAAAUGUAUUGUAUUGUAUGAUUACACACCCCAGCAAAAUUAUAAUCUUGCACUUUAUAAUUUGAAACUUUUGUAUUUCAACUUUUGUUUAUUACCAGCAGAAUGAAUCAAACCAAUUGGUACAAUUUGAUCUGACUUCCAUAACAAUAGGAAAAGUAAUUUUAACUAAUUCUUAAAUUUUAAACUGGACUCCAGCGUAACAUUAGAAGAACAAAACAAGAUCUUAUGUGUAUAUGCCUGAAACAGGUGUUUUCGUCAAUAGAUACAUUACAUCUGCAAACAUCUUAAAAAAAUGUAUUAAAAAGUAAAGUGUCAGUGUCAUAUGAUAGCAAAGACCUCAAGAAAUAGUAAUUACUGUGCCAAAGUGUUGUCAUCAAUAGAUUUUAAAUCUGCACACAACUAAUUCGCAAACACAACAUAUCAAAAUCUUAUUUCUUAAUGUAUCUGAAACAAAUAAAGUGUCAGUGUCAGAUGUGAAAAGUAUAUACUGUAUUGCUUGAAUGGCUUGCUGGUGGAGAGUUUGUUACAAAGGUAGUAACAAACUCAGCGAUGUGCAGAGUGCUGAACGACUGCUCGAAUGCCCUACUCCAAGCAUUAAUUUUAAAGCCCAGAUGGGGAUUUGUGACUGAAUGAGGGGAAAAAAAGACCUGGAAUGGGUGUUUCCUUUGGAGUAAUGAUUGAUGAAUACCUAGGUGCUACAUUGAUAGGGGGUAUUGCAAAGAAAGAGGCAUGAUGAUGGCUUUGAAUGAAAAAAAAAAAAAGGAGGAAGGGUUGUAGUGGGUUGCUUAGAAUAUGUUUUAACAGAUAUUAUCUUUAUCACAUCAUCAUCUGUUCUUGUCAUAGCUGCACUAUUAGGUCAUCACAGUCAAUAGUACAGUCUGUUCUAAGCCGAGUUACUCUCCUUUUGCACUGUCUACCUCCCUCCCUCCCUGUUUUAUUCUCCGGUGUCCACUCUGUGCUGCAUAGCAACUAUAGCGUUGGUUCAUUAUAAUUUAUGCUAUCUUAACCUUUUAACUCCUAACAGUGACUCGCUUCCAAUUUCUUCUUACAUUAGCACCCUUGAAUCAAAUGAAUAGGUCAUUGCUAUAAAGGAAAUGCAUGAUGACCAAUUUAAGAAUUUCCUGAUUGUUAAACAAAUUCUCCCUGUCAGUUUAUUACAAUAAUUAUGAUACUAAUGAUAAUAAUGAUUAUAGUUUAAAAGUAAUAACAUUUUUUUUUGUUCAAUCUUGUACAAAAUGUUUUCAUCAUUAUACUUAUUUUGCUUUAAUUAUUUAUUGUUGCAUAUGAUUCAAACAAUGAAGAUGUCAUUCAGAGAGUAGAAACGCUUGAACACCAUGUUGAGAAUUCAGGUGCUUUAAAUUUUAGACCUAUAAUGAUAAGAAUAAUUUGCAUAAUAAUUUUUUGCUCAGUGGACCUUUUGCUUGUUAUUCCAUAGUGUUAUCAAGCAGUGACUAGCAAGCAUUUAGUUAAAUCAGUCAGUUAAUGAGUCAGUCUGUCCGCAAAUGCCCAGUCAGUGAUUUGGUCAGUCAGUGAUUUGGUCAGUCAGUGAUUUGGUCAGUCAGUGAUUUGGUCAGUCAGUGAUUUGGUCAGUCAGUGAUUUGGUCAGUCAGUUUAGUCAGUCAGUCUGAUAAGUUGAUCAGUUAAUUGGUAAGUGAGUCAGUCGAUCAGUCAAUCAGGCAUUUAAGUCAGUUAGACAUCUGAGUCAGUCAGUCUAAGUUAAUCACCUAGUCAAUAAGUUAACCAGUCAGUCAGUUACAUUAUAGCAUCAUAAUAGUGUCAGUCACUGUCUGUCAUGCAGUGAUUAAGUUAUUUGUUCAGUCAGUCUGUUUGUCAUUCUAAAAGUUGUUCAGUCUAAACCAGAAUACUAGACAGUCAGUUACUCUGGCAGUCAGUGACAUUCAGUCAGUCUGAUACAUGCAUGUUGAUAAUGAUUUUGUCAGUCCUGAGAUAAAUCAGUUUGAUUUAGUGAUGCACUAUAUUAUAAUAUAUAAGUUACAACACAGUUUUAGAUAUACAGGUACUGCAGUUGUUAUAGAAGCUAUUCAUGACAUGUUCCUCUGAUUUGUCGUUGUUCCCAUUCUUUCAUUUUCUUUAACUCAGAAAAGAUCAGCAAAGAAGAAUGCCAGGUUCCACAUGACUGGUUGUUCCCAUUUUGUGAAUCAAAGAUUCAAGUAAGAUAUUUAACAGAACUUACAUUUAGUACAUACUUCCUAAUGUUGGCAUGUACAUGUAGGACUGACUAAUGGUAUAUAAAAUGUUUCUUUUUGGGUUUUUACCUGUUACACAACCAGGACUUUAAGAGUGGUUGUCUCCCAGAUAUAGUUGGAAACUUAAUAACAGCCCACUGACAGAUAGAAAGCUACACGUUGGUCACAUGGUACAUUUAUGGGGGUUUUAAUCUAUUCCUUAGAUGAAUUUGACAACAGUUAACUUAUAAUGAAGUAAAUUUUGUCUUUGUUCCAAUUCUGCAUCUGCUAAAAUUGCAGCCAAGGAUCAUUUCUUUUCUUGAUUUUUUGUGAAAUUUAUUGCAAGUUAAAUGACAAGCUUGUUUUGUCCAAUUGUUUGUUUUAAUUUUUUUAAUUUCGCACAAUCCCAAAUAGAACACAAAUGUAUCUUUUUUUCAAGGGUCUUUGUUGCAGUUCCUAAGAAUUUUUUAUGUGUUAUUUGCAUGUUGUGUAUUAAAAGAUCUUUACAUUAAUUAUAAUUAUGUAUUAACACUUUACUGACAUUAUAUAAGAUGUGACUAUCACUAACUCACUGCCUCAAUCAACUUCUCAGUACAUGCAGCAACUUUGGGGAACAAAUGCAGAAUGCUAUGUUAAUAGACACAAACUGAAGCCAGAGAACCUUUGCUCUGCCCUUAUUUACCUUAGUGAGGUAUGUUCUUAGUUUAAAUUUCUGUUUAACCUCAAGUGUGCAGUUUUCUAAAUGCACACCUUUUCCUUAUUCACCUUCUGUUCUACUGUCUACUGCACUGAUGCACAUUGGUGUUGCAAUUUCCGUCACAGGUUGAAAGAUUUUGUCCAUUGCUGCCAUGGCGGCGGAGAAACAGUACAAGUACCAAAGAACCCAAGGUUAGAGUACAGAGAAGAAUAAUUCCAUAUCUACAAACAACCAUGUAUUAUUUUGUUUAUCGUAUAAACACAAUAGCUUUUCGCUGACACGAAAAAUCGACUUUAUUAACGAAUGAAAAUUAAGGGAUCGACAGUCCUAAAUAAAAAUUGCAAAGAGCGUUGGCGCUAAGAUUCAACAUGAAAAAUUUCGUUGAAUCACUACGAAAACAACAAUGGAAGUAAUUUUCCUUAUAAAAAAUUCUCAGUUAUUGACUUUGCCCUUACCAACAGAAGAAAUCUUCCAAGUACACAGCCAACAGCGGCCCGUGCCUUAAAUCUUCCAGAAGUCGAUUUUCGUUCUUAGCCGCAAGGAAUGCCAUUACAAAAGCCACUGAAUACGUUUUUCUUUUCGAAUUUUGAUUAUUCUUUCUCUUCUAGGAAGUUUUAAACGUUACGUUCGGUAAUUAUAAGCGUUACGGAUUAUUUAGUGUUGUAGCAGCCAUAAUCUGAGAAAAUUCCGACAAACGACCCUGGUUUCAUCAACCUGAACGAGUGGCGCGAAAGGUGAAUGACGUGUCAGCAGCUGAUUGGCGAUAUAAAACACACGUGGACAAAUAGCGUAUUUUGUCAGCUGUGUUGUUACGGCUUUUGUCAGGCCUGAAAGUCUUGUAGAACACAGUAGUUUACACGAUAAAAUUCAUUUAUAAUAUAACCUACAGUGUUCUACAAGGAUUUCCAGCCCCGAGAAAAGCCGUAAGAACGCACGUGAAAAAAUACGAUAUUUUUUCAUGUGUGUUUGAUAUCAGCUGCUGAAACUUGAAUCGCUUUUCACGCCACUCGUUCAGGUUGAAUGAACGGCAAAGCCUUCACCAUUCUCAUUACAGGUAGAUUGUCGAAACUUUCUCAGAUUAUGGCGGCUAAAACACUAGAAAACCCUUAUCGCUCACAGACAGUGACGUUCAAACCUUCUUAGAAGGGGAAGAAAACACCCACGAAAAGAAAAACCGAAAGUUACGUACUCAGUGGCUUUGGUUAUGGCAUUUCUCGCGGCUGAGAAUGAAAAUCGACAACUGGAAGAUUUUCCCCUCGCCGAUUUUAGCCGUGUACCUGAAAGACUUCUUCUGUCAGUGAGGACAAACUCUAUGAAUGAUAAUUUUGUGAAUUGGAAAUUACGUCCAUUGUUGUUUUUAUAAUCAUGAUUCAACGCGUUUUUCCAUCCUAAGAGUUAGCGCCAACGCACGAUUGUUAUUCGGGGAUUGUCGAUUCAUUUAUUUUCAUUCAUUAAUAAAGUUGACUUUUCUCGUCAGUAAAGGGCUAUUGUGUUUACAUGAUAAACAAAAUCGUGUUUAUAUGAUAAAGUCGUAUUCAACUCGACAUCUUACUCGUUCGCUGCGCUUACCCGUGAGCUAUCGACUUCAACAAUCGAAGAGAAAUUCCAUAUCUACUCGCGCCCAUGUAUCAUUGUCUAUUCACAAACUAAGAUGUUCUUCAGUUGUCACAAUUAGGUUUGAUAUGUGCUUCAAGCACAUAUGCGUAGUCAAUUUUUUCAAAUACGCACAAGUACACAUGAUCUAGAAAUGUUUCACAAGUGGCCAUAGGUUACCCUCCGGCACCUCAUCAGGUUGUUUUCUGUUGUGGAACUCUCUUGUAAUCCUGGUUUGAGCGAGGUACUGUUAGAGAAUGCAACCAAACAACCUUAGCCCAAACACAGGUCUUUCUGAUUCAGAAUGUCUGAACCACAAACAAGUCCUCGAUGCAAGCGGAGUAUCCGCAGAGAAACAAAAACACCUUUCAGUCCGCCAUCUUUAUUGCUCGCUCGCCUACAAUGCAUUUAGACUGCGCUUGCUAAGGCAGCACAGUUACAGUCACUACAGAAAACGCCUGGUCAUAUGAACCAUAAUUUCAUCGAGUAAGGCGCAGAAAAUAGCCAAAUUUGAUUAUUGCUACGGAAACCAGGAGUCUCCCUGAAUAAUGGGCCAUUUGCCUCAGGUAUAGACUUACAUGUGCCUUACUAUAACAAUGGUUACUGCAAAACAUAUCCAAUAAAAUGAAGGGAAAAGAAAGUCACGAAUGGGGAGUAAGGGAAACAAAUUUGAGCCUAGCUUGAAGAUGGGAACCACAGACCUUCCAUUUCCGUCUUUUCAUGUAAACAUCAACUGUGGUCAAGAGUAUUGCCGUCGAUGAACUUGACUAUACACUUAAAUAGACGUGUUGCCGAGGGUCAAAUUACUGUCUUCUGUUAGCUUGCAGAAAUGAGAUUUGAGUUAGAUCAAGCAUUCAUAGACACCCUAAAUAAAUUGAAUUUGCGGUGGAUGCGUGACCGUAUCACAAGAAUGUGGCCUCAAUGGGUGGCAGCAGCCAAACAGUUCACAGCAGAGGGAUCGCUACGCAGGAAACAUCACGUCAAAAAGGUAGUCAUUUCUUGAGAGUUGAGUAUCAAGAUUCUAGUUUUGGGACACUCGAAGAACCUUGAUCUGCAUUUUCAAGGAAACGAUUUCAUUCUCCAACGCGAAACAAUAGCAAGGGACAAGUUGACUAAGACACUGUUUUAACUCUUUCCAUAGAUUUUUAUUUUCUUCGGCACGUAUGCUUAUCAACCCAUGUGGCUGGAUAUGGCUUUCACCGGUGCACCUCUGGGAGAGAUGGUGCAGUGGAGCGAUCUGAUAGCGGCGUUGUACUUAUUGGGACAUGACGUGACACUCUCCGUGAACUCCACUACGUACCAGAGGUAAGUUUGAGUGGAGCAAUUUCAGUGCAAUUUUAAAGCAGUUAGGAACUGAGUGUCGAGUUUCCUUUUGCUUCGUUUCGCUUCAAACGCAAAUCUAAAACUGAUCGUGACUUUGUCACUUUCAUUUUCCCGCGCUUCAGGCUGUUUGCUUCUAUUGCUUACUUCAAGUCUUGUGUCCUUUUUCUACACUCUGAUUGGUUCAGAGUUGUGAUUACAUGUACGUUCUUUGGAAUUGGUUUUGUGACAUAUGAUCGAAAAGCGUUGUCAAACAUACUUCAAAAUUUGAUGGGUCGUGCCUUUUUAUUCCGCGAUUGGUAAAGAAUAAUUACGCAAUCUUCUUAACCCAUCAAAUUUUUAAGACUAAGACAGUAAUGAUUAAAUUGCCACUUUCUCACGUGCGUUAACCCCUUAGAGCAAUUUUUCAUUGAAAGUAAUCCGGCAUCGCUUUAGUUUUAAUUUACACUGCUUCAUGAUUGGUCCAGAAGACUCUCCCGCCAUCUUCUCAACCAAUCAUAUGCAUAAAUUCAAACAAUCGCGACUUUGUCAUUCACAUUUUCCCGUACCUCAAGGAGUUUGCUUUUUUCCACUUUGAUUCCUAGUUGGCUACUGAUGAUUUUGAUCUUUUUUCUGAGAUAACUUUGGUUUUGCCUUUUCGACACUCGAUUCAAAAUUUCUCUGUCGUGUUUUAUAUAUUUUUUCCUUUUGUUAAACUUGCCUUCUCAUUGGUUACUUUUGAUAUGUACGUCAGGGCCAGUUGUUCAAAGGCCGAUUAGUGCUAGCCCAGGGUUAAAUUUAAUUUUAGAACAUUCAGUGAUCAAAUUGCAAGCAAAAAGAUUUGAAGUGAAUUUUCUUUUAAAGCUUUCAGACCUGAAAUCAAAUUUCAUGCUAACCCUGGGUUAUCUUAACCCAGAUUUGAACAACCUGGGCCUGGUUAUUAUCCACAACGAUUGUGUUGAUGUUGGAGCAUUUGAAGAUGUGUCCAUGCCGAAUUAUAUUAACAGUAGCCUCUAUUUAGCGCGAAAAUAUGCGCAGAUAUUUGUCCGCGGACAAUAUUCGAGAGCGAAGGAUAAAUAUACAUGCAUGUUUUCGCGCUAAAUAGAGGCUGUUUUUAUUUGUCAUUCUUUAAAUAUUUGCAGCGCGCGAGAAAAAAAUUAUACGAACAGCUUACUGUUUGCUUCUUUUUGAGUGUUUCCUGGUACGACUUCUAUGGUUUCCUUCCUGUGUAGCAAUCAUAAAACGCUCUCUUAUCUUGAAUUAUAUUUUAACCCUUUAACUCUCAGAAGUGAUUAACAUGGAACUUGUCCUUCUAAUAUCCAUACAUUAUCCUGCAAACAGGUAUUGAGAAAACCCCAACUAAUCAGGUAAAAGUUGUUAUUAUGAUCUAACACUAAAUUCUCAUAACUGAUUUACAAGGAAAUGUGUAGCAGCUAGAAGGGAGAAUUAACAAUCAGAUCUUGGGAGUUAGGGUUCAAAUGUAGUUUUAUCGCAGUGGGCGUAAGGUUUGCUUUUAUUUAGGGUCAGGGUUGUUAAUCGUGAAUAUUCUUGGAUAUCCCGUAGUUAUAGCUGGGGAAUAUUCGGUAACGAGAUGCGUUUAGACCAAUCGAGCGCCAUAAAAAAUAUUUUAUGGAUCAUGAAAAUCUAUAUAAGUGAUAUCCUGCGCUUGUUUACUUGACACUUUGUACGUUUCUUUUUAAGUUAUAUGUCACCUCCAAAGUCACCUGGUUGUUCUGAUGUAUUUGAGCCUGAGUUUGACCUGAUUUACACAGACUACAAUGGGCUUACCUACAUGCUGAUGCACAUUACUCCAAAUUUGUCGCCUUAUAUGUAAGUGUAGGGGUUAGAGGUCAGAUGUAUGUUUGAACUAACUUGUUCCUUCGUUCCUUUGCUCUUUCUUUCUUUCUUUCUUUCUUUCUUUCCUUCUUUCGUUUAUUCGCUUAGUCAGCGGUCGCUGGAAUGGUUUUAUGUUACUGUUUUUUUUCGGAUGGUGCCGUUUCCGUUCAUCCGGUUGGUCGUAGGGUGAUUACGAUGAUUUUACAUCUCGUCAUUUUCAUUACUCUGCACUUGUUUUGUCGCCCUCGAUCUUUGGAUUUAUCCGAUAGUUUACACUUUUUUUGUUUUUGUUCUUCGUAAACCGUUCAACUAGUCCUUGUCUUACGUUUAACGUGGGUAUUUUGUAAUUCCACUCCUAGAUGCCGAAUAAGAAUUCUUGAUUCCUUUGGAACGGAUGCACAGUUUAACUAUGGAGCAUAUGAAGGCGUGAUACCUGGCGACAAGACAAUGUGGGCGCGAGCUGAUCUCAAUCUUCGGCAGAUCAUGACGAUGUUUCGUAAGCGACUUUCCAUACUGUUUAUUCAAGUUGCUUUUACAAAACUGAUUAUUAAUGGUAAUAGGACUGAGUGGAGUCAAACUAGGUCUGUAAUCAUACGAGUGAUUAACAAAAACGGACAACCGCGUAGCGGGAGUCCUAUUUGUUGAUCACGAGUAUAAUUACAGACACGAAGAUGACACGAAGUCGUGUUACCAAUAAAUCCUAACCAUUACAAUUUUCGACAAAACAAAUGCAUCUAAAACAAACAUCUCGAGUGGAGAUAAUGUCAAAGUUAAAAAUUCCUCCAUUUUUGGAAAUUUGGUUUUUUAUGAGCUAAGUGGAUGUAUGAUUGACUGCUUCAACUGUCCGAUUACAGCCAACUGUCUGCUUACACUGUCUGAUUACAACUCUUCAAAAUAAUUGAUGAAAAAUAAAGGAGUUAGUGCCACCACAUUUGAGGAAAUUGCAACGAUUUAUACUCUGAUGUUUUAGACGGUAAAGGAAAAUGAUACACGAUGACUUGUAAAUAGACGACGACACGAUUACCUGUAAAUAGAGGAUGACACGAAGUCGUGUUACCAAUAAAUCCUAACCAUUACAAUUUUAGACAAAACAAAUAGAUCUAAAACAAAUAUCUCGAAUGGAGAUAAUGUCUAAAGUUAAAAAUUCCUCCAGUUUUGGAAAUUUGGUUUCUAUGAGCUAAGUGGAUUUAUGAUUGGCUGCUUCAACUGUCCGAUUACAGCCAACUGUCUGCUUACACUGUCUGAUUACAACUCUUCAAAAUAAUCAAUGAAAAAUAAAGGAGUUAGUGCCACCACAUUUGAGGAAAUUGCAACGAUUUAUACUCUGAUGUUUUAGACGGUUUAGGAAAAUGAUACACGAUGACAUGUAAAUAGACAAUUUUUUAGGAGUACGGUCACUUUUAUCCUCCUCUUAUCUUAUUUGUUUGUAUUUUUUUUACCCCUUCUUGCAACGCUUUCGGAUGCCGUCAAAUAGGAGCAACAAACAAAAGAACAUACUACAAGCAGUUGUAACACUUGCGCGUAAACUAGAGCCGAAAAGGAUCAUAAUAAAUACGAAGGCGUAAGAGGUUUAUAGCCAAUUAGUAAGGAACUAAAUUUGAUUUUUCCCUUUCUGAGGGAACUGAGUCAUAAUCCCGCUCCCAGAAAUGUAAUUACUAUUUGCUCUGGUCAUCAGCUCAUAGUCCAGAUAACUUGUUUUUGGGCUUUGUGGUGGGUGAACCUAUUCCAGAAGACGUUAAACCAUUGAAGAAAAAACCGAUUGGACUCGUUUAUGGCAAAGACGUUCAAUUCUGGCAGGUAAGGAUUUUUAAGCUGGUCCAAUGGCUCUCUAGUAUUAGUAACUUUUUUCCUUCGAUCAUCCAGGAAAACAUAUGAAUAGUGUCUCGGAAAAAAGAGUUGGUUGUGUGUGUGCUUUGUUUUGGCGACGUGCCUGCAGCGAUCGCCAAGUUCGCACAAAAAUGAACGUACUGUGUCUGAUAUUUUGACAAGUUACUAGAUAUUCAUUGGCAAGUUUUGAAAAUUGUUAUAUCCAAAGGGAAAAUAACAGGCCAAGAGAGAUCAAGGAUUGUAUAGGAUUUGCACGAUGAACACGGACUGCAAAUUUUUAACGACGCACAAUCUGUGUCCUUGUUGUUCGCCUAAGAAAAGCUUCGAAAGAGUCCCUCUGUAAUUGUCCUUUAUUGCAAGUUCAUUAACCUUGCACGGGAUAAGGGGGGGGGGGAGAGAUGAGUGACAACAGCAACCAUAGAAUGAUACGAAAAGCAGCCUUUUUUCCCAAGACCACUUCACGUGCAAAAGCCUCCGAUCCUAGCCAUCCUAAAUCCCCUCUCAAAACUUGUUACACAGAAACCUUGAUCUUAAAGGAGAUCUUAUUAACGCUUUUAGAGAAGCACAAAAUAUUUGAAGAGAGAGACGUCGCUGCUACUUUAUUUAUUUACUGGCGAUAUUUAUGCAGGCUGGCCAAGGUCAGCUUUAAGCUAGUUUGAAUGGGAGCCGGCGCCUACUAGUAAAGGAAGCGAAGGAUUUACUAUAGAAGGUCUUAAUUAUUAAACGAAAUGUUGUGUGACACCUCACACGUAAGGUGUGGGAGGAGAUGACUGACGCACAUGCCUUCAUGGUUACCCAUAUGCCAAUUCACUUGAGAAUACAAACGCUAUGUGACGAUGAAAAAAAAUAAAAGAAAAGGAAAAAAUAAAGCUGAAACGAUCGAAGCAUCCUUUACUGUUGUUUGAUAACUAAUUUACAGGGUGAUAUCCUUGAAGCCUCCCUGUUCAAAUUUCCUUUUAUUUUUUGUAUCGUUUCUUCCUUUGCAGGGAAAAAGAGAAUACCUUGACACGUUACAUAAAUAUUUAGAGAUACAUGGAACGUUCUUUGCUAUGUCGGUAUGUUUGCAGAGAGAGAAAAAUGUUAAUCGAGAAAAAUGUUUGAAGAAAAUAAGUUAAGGUUAUAUAGUGCUAUUAGCGACAGUGCCUCAAUAAGCUCUCAGUAUUUCUGCGUGAACAGUUUUGCCUCCAUCUUUGAUAUCAUAAUGGAGAUAAAGGUCAGAGGAAGAGAAAUUUGUACCCAAGGUUGAGGGAAUAGGCAACCUUACCUUUGAUCGAACAUAACUGCUCAGUUUACCAUCUCGAGUGUGGAUUAAUCACCGUUGGUCUCUAAUCUCUUUCCAGGAGUAGAAGCAGUCCGCAUUAUGAUACAAACUGCAACUUUAACUUUACCAAAAAUGCAUGUAUAAUGAUUUUUUCCUGUAGAUUGUUACUAGUGAUUAAAAUUGCUGGUGUCUUUUCUUUUCAGGAAGCAGAGAUCAAAGAAAAUGUCCCUGAGUACGUGAUAGCGCAUGGUAUUCUUAGUAAACCCGACUUGGAAAAACUUUUACAGGAAACUAAGGUGAGUAUGUGGAGUGCAUACAGAGCAACCUUGAAUAACGUAUAAUCCAAUUUAAGUACUAAUUUUCUGUUCACAUAUUUACCCCUAUAAGAUAUCCUUUAUGUAGCAGGCACCUCUGUCCAGUAGGCAUGAACACGAAAAUUGAAAAAAAGAGGCUUAAGACGUUGGAUCAAAAGUCAGCGAUAUACUUUUAUUUUAAUACAGACUGAAAUAGGGACGCUGUUUUGGCGCAAUCUACAGUAAUUACUUGCAGACAACCCGCGUAAACCAUACAUACCCAACAUAAUUAUGCAUAUUCUCCUUGCUACUUUCUAUGCAUUUCGGUUCUAACAAGGAGGGUGUUCUUUUAACAAUCAAGAACUUCUCUAAUUGGAAAUCAUUUCCUCUUAUCUCAUAAUCUUAAGUGCUUGAUUCAAUGAUUAUAUUUCAAGGAGGAAUGAGAUACUGGUCACUCCUGCGAGUAAAAGAGUUAAGUAGACAUUAGAAGACAUAGGCAUGCUAUGCAUGCAAGAGUUAUUUUUUGGGGGGUGGGUGGAUUACUUGAAACAUUGUAAGUGAUGUCUACAUUCUUACAAAAGGAAAGAAGAGCAUUAACGCGGAAGAGAACGAAAAUGUCGAAUUAACUCACACACAGGUAUUUUGUGGUAGGUUGUGUGUGUGUUGUGCGAACAACUGUAACCAAAAAAUAAACGUUUUAUUUGGUCUUACGGAUACCUGUUACUACAAAAUGCAGAUUGCAGACUGCAGACCGGAUACAAAGUGUAGAGUAGGUACAAAAUGUAGACUGCAGACUGCAGAGUGGGUACAGAAUGCAGACUGAGAAUCUAAAGAGUUUUUUUCGUCUGGUAUGUGAUAACAUGUCAUCUUACAACUUACCGAGCGUCACGCAAUCGCUUUGCGCGAUCAGCUGUCACGAUUAUUUGCACUAUUGUAGAAUAUUCCUGGCCCAUUGCUUGAUGAAAAUCGAUCGUAAUAUAAUUUUAAACCUUUAUAUAGUCGUCUCACUUUGCGCGCGAGUUGGUUGGCGUGAUGUCUGUACAGAUUUUACCAACGUAAUGAAAGUGGAUGUAAAUGUAGAUGUCAGCGAGAUGUCACUCUUGAAUACUUAACACGCGCAAUAUUCGAGAAACAAUCGACAGCUUUGCACGUGGUCCUUAUUAUCAUCUUUUUAAGCGGUGUGUGUUUAUUUUAUUAACAAAAAUGCGGACCGAGACCAAAACUGUUCCUUCGACUUGAUAUAUUUUCGACGUUAGUAGAUCGCAUCAUAUUUACGUACCUCCGUAAAUCAUCCACUCCAGAUAUUAAAAUCAAAUAAACAUGCUAACGAUGGGUAUCUGAAUUCGUCCCUGGCCAAACACAAACGACUCCACAAGAUCACUUUCUCCAAGCAUCGAAAACAUAGACAUAGACAAAAUCGUCCAUAGUUAAUUUUAAUUAGACAUUCAUCAAGAUAUAGCACCGAGCAAACCAAUCCGGAAAAAUAUAAUCGGCACACUCAACGAAUCAUGAAUAUUGCAACACAGCCUGCCGUUAAAGAACAGGUCAAAUCAAAAUGUUUGGUGCAAUUCAUCAAUACCUCAAGCAAUAUUUGAUUUAAAAUUUUUCCACUCACUCUCGUCGUGAAGGACUAUUCUUUGCCAUCUUUUCAUCUGUCCAUAAAGCGCGGUAAAAUACACGUUAAAAACACAGAAAACAAUAUUUUUCAUUCUAAUAGAUAAUUCCAUUUUACGAAGCUCUCUCCUAAUACAUUACCCGUUGAAAUUUGCUCAAACCAAAGAACAAAAACGAUUGAUUGGUGCGUGAGAUACAUAAUGCGGCGAAAACGAUCUAAAACGAUCUGAUUGGUACGAGCAACAUACCACUCUCUCUACGCUAACAUAGAUGUUAUUUUUUUUAAUUAAAAAAAAAAAAAACUCCAUAAAGGUGCAACAUUUCUUCAAUUAUUGACGGUGAAGCCUUGUCUUGCCUGAUCAAAGCGCUGAUGUCAUAUUUUAUCAUUUCAGGUUUUCAUAGGUCUCGGAUUUCCGUAUGAAGGCCCUGCACCCUUGGAGGCAAUAGCACAAGGAUGUAUUUUUUUAAAUGCCAAGGUAAUUGCAAGGAAAAAGGUUAUAUAGAGAGUGCUGUUAUUUUUGCAUCUUUAUUCUUAUUAUAAAACUGAGACCUUUGGAAGUUCUAAGGUUCUAUUCCUCAUGGGGACUCAGAAUAUUUUUUUUUGUCCCACUCUCGUUACAAGACGAAAAAAUAUUUAUCUAUUAUCGUUAUGAUUACUUUUGUCGUCAUCAUCAUCAUUAUCAUCAUCAUUAUCAUUGACGUUGUUAUCAUCAUUUUUUAAAUUUAUUAUUAUUAUUAUUAUUAUUAUUAUUAUUAUUGUUUAGAUAAUUUUUUUCCCUCUGUUAAUUUCCGAAUAUACCGAGAUAAAACAAAGAUAUAAUUUUUUUUGCAUUAUGUGAUGUCAAAAAGAUCUUUCUCUUUAACAAUUUAGCAUGUAGUUAGGAUUUGGAUUUUGGUGGAGUUACAUAUGAAUAAUGAAAAUUGAAAAGUAUAUUAUUGUUAUUAUUAAUUAUUAUUUUGUAGUUUGACCCUCCGCAUAAUCGCCUUAACACAAGAUUCUUCAAGGUUAAACCAACACUCAGAAACGUAAGAGACUGAGAUGAUAUUUUUAUUAGAUGAAGUCAGGUUUGCAAAGGCUUCUGCGGAAGUCUAAUGAAAGAGAUCGACUAUUUUUGUGUUGGCGGGUGUGACUCGGAUUUGAUUUUCUGUUUUAUUACAUCCAUUUUUAAGUCACAUGUAAUCUUGAAUUCUGAAUGGCUCUCGCUGAUGCGAUUUAUUCACAAAUCGCACCAUUUUAUGCUCUAAAUUGCAUCAUUUUUCCAGCCAAGAGACAGCUUUACUGAAACACAAUCAAUCAAAUUUCAAGACCUGAUUAAAGAAAUCAAUCAAAUUGCAGGAAAACGAGAGGUGACUUCUGCAAUAUUUUGCAAACCAGCUUAAUAUAUUGGACUAAUAAGACUCACUUUUGCGAUUUCAAAAUAUAAGUAAUAAAGUGGUUGAUAUCUUAUCAAACUUGCGUUGAGCACUAGUUUGAUUUUGAAAUCACGCGUUUAAUUUCAGACCAACUUGCACUUUACUCAGUUCAAUUACCAUUGCUAAUCUGGGAAACAUCGCUGAGGGAAAUGUGUAAUCUUUUAAGCUUUUAUUUAUUGUUAAGCAACAUCACGAGGAUUUGCGGUAAUAUUAGUCAUUUGUUUUUUUUUAGCUUACAUCACAACAUCCUUACGCCGAAGUCUUCAUCGGAAAGCCGCAUGUGUUCACUGUUGAUAUUUCUAAUCUUUCACAUGUGGAAGAGGCUGUGAAGGAGAUGUUAAGAACUGAGGUAUUUACGCCUUUGCGAAUAAAGUGUCAGUUCUUCAUAUAGUAAAAACAAUCAUUUAGAAGAGUGAUGAGAUUGAAGGGGAGAUUUUGAUAGAGACAGUCUCGAUGUGACAUCUUAGAGAGAUAUAUUCAAGGUAGCCUGCAGAAUAGGCGUAAUUUUUUCGCGUUUUUCAGUCGAUUGGAAAUGGCCAGGUGGUGCGAAGUGCGAGCUCGCGCGAGGGUAGGAGCGCAAAAAAAUAAAAAUAAAACAAGGAUGAAGGAGUUACUGGCUGUCUUAGAAUGACCGAUUGAGAGAUUGUCUUGGAAAUAGUGAGUGAGUGAUUGAAUGAGUGAUUGACUGACUGAUUGACUACAUUUAUUUGUUCGGUUUAUUGAGUAACUGGUUGACUGGUUUACUAACUCGCUGACAUGAUGGCUGUCUAACCGACAGAUUUAUCUGCUUAGUGGCUGAAUGAACAACCGAUUGACGACUGACUGGCUAGCUCUCUAAACGACUGACUAACCAACUAAAUCGCUGCAAAGAGACUUGAACUGAAGGAAUGACUGAUCGAGAUUGACUGACCUGAUGACUGUCUGAAUACGAGCUGAGGGCUAACAAAUUGAUCUACUUGUUGACUGGUUUUGUGUUGGUGGGUGGUUUGUGAACGAGUGCCAGACUAAACCUGGCCAACUGUUUGUCUCGGUGACUAAUAGACUGACCGGCUGAGUGAGUGACUGAGUCACCGACUAAUUGGCUGGCUGACUGAGUCAUGGUGUGAUUGAUGGACUGAAUGAUUGGCUGAUGAGUGGAAAAUCAGACCACCUGUUUGAUCGAUUGAAUUACUCGUUCUUGUAGGUCAAGCCUUACCUUCCUCGUGAAUGGACGCCUAAAGGCAUGUUGGAACGCGUGAAUGCUUUCACAGAAUAUUAUGUGAGUACCAAGGUGUACAUGUACGUUACUUAGCAAGUUGAGUUUAUCAGGCCCCGCUGUUUCCAGCCUGUACAUCUUAUUCUGUAAAGGAAGUAACUGAUGCACUUUCGGAAAGUAACUACAUCAUAGUUCGAAAUAAAGUUAGAAAUGAAGUUGUCUUUAUUAUUCACUCGCUCUUAGAAAGAAACGUUCCAAUGAGGGAUUUUGAGAUCAUACUUUUUAUAAUUUAUUAUAAUGUAAUCAAUGUUGAUGAAGAGAUUGACUGCCACUGUAAGUAGUGAAGCAUGAAAAACUAGACUGAGCAAGGGAAGGUCGGUUGAAAAAAGCGUGAAAAUUGAUAAUUAUUGACGGAAAAAAAAGCAGAGGACUUGAACGGUUUCGAAGAUCUAUCUUGAACAAAUAGUGCUCAGUUUUUGGGUUUUUGGAAAAUCCUGCACGGUUUUGCUCAUAUAUUUUCAUAAAGAGUUGUUGAGGAUGGGAUUUAAAUUUAUUGUGCUGGACGGAUAAGGAAGGGUACAAAUAAAUUUACAGAUGUGUCUUUUUUUGUUUCUUCAGAACUUUUGUGAGCAUAUCGAGCGGUGGCCUCCAUUAUCAGAAAUGAUGCUAUUGAUGGGUGCAGCUGGGAAAUCCUGUGUUGAUGUCUGCAAAGAACGUGGUGGGUCUUUUAUUUCUUUUCUUUUCAUUUUUUUUCCUCCUGCUAUUCUUCCUGCCACAAGAUUGUCAAAGAGUUUCGCUACGGGUGAAAAUUUUACCCAACGUAUGGACUGUUUAACUAAUUAACCACUUCUGAAAAUUGUAUAGCCUCAUUAUCAUGUACCUUUUUUUUGUUUUUUCUGUUUUUUUGUUUUGUUUUGUUUUUUUUCAGAACUACUGUGUGAACCGACCUUCUUUGUGGACAUUAACACAACAGAAGAUCUUAAAAAGUAAGUCCUCUCCGCCCUUUUUUAGGGAGCAUGAUUUUAGGGUGUUAAUAAUCCAGAUUUAGCGAAGUCUAUUAGUCAGUAGCCGGCCAACUUAACUUUGAAAUGGCCGCCUUUCUGCCAUCUUGAGCUGGCUAAUUGUACUUCAUUUUAUUGUAAGUGAUGAUGAAACAGCAAAAAAUUGUUGUAAUACCAUCAAAGGAAUUUAUGUUCCAGCCACUUCCAGGGUUUGGAGGUCUCUUUUUUUCUCAAUUUUUCCAAGUGUGGAGAGAUAUCCUAUAUUACUUUUAUCUUUGACUAAUUCAAACCUUUUUACAAAGCUUGCGGUAGAGGAAGGGGGCUCAGCUGUCGUCUAUAUUAUCGAUAUUCUCAUUACAGUUUCACAGCUAAAUCAAACAGAAGGAUCAUGAGAAUAUAGAAAAGGAUCACUAGCUGAAGAAUCUCUCCAGUCUUAGGCAUAUUUUCCAUGUUAGUAUCAUAAUAAUUGCAUAGAAAAAUAGUGUGGCAAAUAUGCAUAUUGAUGUUAGGAUUUGAAGGGUUAACACGCUUUUACGAUACAUUUGCACUUAGUAGAGUAAAAAUAAUGGGCGACUCGAGUAAAAAUAUCCUGUGCCAUUCUACAGUUAAUAGGACAGUUGGUUAUUUUUACUAUAAUCAGGAGGGAGCGUUAUGCAAUACCUGUCGCUAAUCGCUUCUCUAUUUGCAUCGGUUUCCCUGCCUUAUAAUAAAAGCACAUAAAAAGAAAAACCUCGUCGAGAUAAUUUUUAACUUAUGUGAAGUUUUGGUACUAAGUGUCGCUGAGUAUCGCAACUCACUUUUUGUAUUUUGACUCGUAAAAUUUCUUUGCGAUAUUGCACACGAAAAUUCUAAUGUGAUAUACAUAUUGCCUUUUACAAGGUUUGGAAUGAAGUGUAGCGCUGUGGAGACCAAAGAGUCACUUUUAGCUCCAAGUUACGAUGUGUCAACCCACAUGUGCACGCUACAGAAACAGCCUGUCCUCUUUACAUGCGUGGCUAAAGAACCUUCUGCCAGACGCCUUUGUCCAUGCAGAGACUUUCAAACACAGCAGGUGGCGUUUUGUAAACAGUGCCAUUAGUAACUGUCUCAAAACAGCCUGCUGUACCCUCUUACUUACCCAACAAAACUGAUAUCCUUGAGUUUAUCCCCUUCUCCCCAAACUAAACCGCGGAUGUACAAUAUCCCAGAUAUGUGGAACCACGCUAUUAAGGUGAUACUCCCAAGGUAACUCUUAGCAGAAAAAGCUUUGAGUUCUAAUCUUGGAGGGUUGACUGCACGGACUUUUCAGGACGUUUUAAGAAAGAGUAUUUUAAAUUUAAAAGGGAAUAAUAAUUUAAUGAAGUCACUGAAUCUAUAUUACACAUGAAUUAUGACGAUUUCAUGUUAUUGAAGAUAAGCGAAGGAAAUUAAUAUAUAUUAUUGACAAAGCACACAGUUUAUUUAUUAGCGUCGUGUUGUCGCGAUCAUGCUGCAAAUAUUUGUCCCAAAAAAUGUCCUUAUUUACUCCGAUUUAUGCGUUGUUUGGAUGACAAAACGCUCGUUGCCUUUUCGUGAAUUCCAGAGUCCUUCCAUAGUUAUAUGCCAAUUUUGUCGCCGCUCUAAUUUAUGACAUCUAUCCGUGUUUUCAUUCGCUUCUCGUCUAUUGUUUCAUUCAAUAUUUGUUAUAGUUAAGUUUAAUUUUUUUCGUAAAUUUUUAAUAAUUAUUAAAAUAAUUUUGUAUGUCAUGCCUCUUUGUUUUGCCCGUUUUAAUGCCUCUGUAACUAGUUCCAUUCCUGUUAUUUGCCAAC